AUGAUGAAUUCUGAAGUGCAACUGACUCCCCUGCAUAACAGGGAUACAGUGCUGACAGUCUCUCGCAUAUUCAAGAGUGACCUCAAUGUUCCCCUCAACAACAUAACAUACGACAUGCCGGAUAUUCUGCGGAAACUUGUGGAAGGUGGUACAAGUGGUGACACCAAGAUGGCUGCUCUCGCGAACGCCGCUGUGCUUCCGUCCACCUUCGUCGGCCAGAGCGCGGAGCUCGCCGCCAAGGUGAACAAUGUGGAGGCCCGCGUGACGAUGAGGAAGACCGCCAAGGCGGCUUCCAGCAGCGCCUUCUACGGCCCCGACCGCAACCUGUUCCUGGGCCCGUUCUCCUCCCCCCCUUCGUACCUGACCGGCGAGUACCCCGGCGACUACGGCUGGGACACCGCUGGUCUGUCCGCUGACCCCGAGACGUUCGCCAAGAAUCGCGAGCUGGAGGUGAUCCACGCUCGCUGGGCUCUGCUCGGCGCGCUCGGCUGCCUCACCCCCGAGCUCCUCGCCGGCAACGGCGUGAACUUCGGCGAGGCCGUGUGGUUCAAGGCCGGCGCGCAGAUCUUCUCUGAGGGUGGCCUGGACUACCUCGGCAACCCUAGCCUGAUCCACGCGCAGUCCAUCCUGGCCAUCUGGGCCACCCAGGUCAUCCUCAUGGGAGCCGUUGAGAGCUACCGCGUGGGUGGCCUCGAGGGCUUCCAAGAGGUGGAGGACCCCCUGUACCCCGGCGGUGCCUUCGACCCCCUGGGUCUGGCCGACGACCCCGACGCGCUCGCCGAGCUGAAGGUGAAGGAGCUGAAGAAUGGCCGCCUCGCCAUGGUGUCGAUGUUCGGGUUCUUCGUUCAGGCGAUCGUGACCGGCAAGGGUCCCCUAGAGAACCUCUCGGACCAUCUGGCCGACCCCACCGUCAACAACGCCUGGGCCUACGCCACCAACUUCACCCCCGGCGCUUAA